AUGCGGUCCGGUCUCCAAAAACCCGGUGCUAUCCCGUUUCUCGCUCUGCUUGUCUUUUCGCUCCUUAGUCUGGUACCGUCGUUGUCGAGUCAAUGGGAAUUCAAUAAUGUGAAAGCUGGGUAUAUCGACUAUCGUCCUAAUGAGGUUCGACACCUCCCCCGUAUAAAAGAUGAACCUGUCACGGCCCGGUCGAGUGUACGGGCAAUAGGCCAGUGCCAGCCGUGGCUGGAAGGCUCUUAUCAACCAUGUUCCGAUCGGAUACCGCGAUCACAACAACCUGCGAUAGACACACCUCCCCGGAGCUCUUUUGAAAUUGCUCCUAUCUUCGAUCAUACACCGCCGACAUCCACCUUCAAACAACCUUCUUCUCUCACCAAGGGCGUUCGCGCUUUCAAAACCUUUUUCAUUCAGCAGCUGGAUGACUAUCGAUUUCUCCGGCCCUUCUCUACUCGAAAUGUCUCAUCCGUGAAGACGGGAAUACCUCGUCCCGCUUCGAAACCGACCGAUUCGUCAGCGGCACCCGUGUCUUCUAGUAAUGACGAAUCCCAACAUAGAUCAUAUAACAAGAAUUACGCGACGAUAUCGUCAACAAUGCAGGGAGACCAAGACUAUGGGCUGCAGACUUUAUUCCGUGAUACUUGGCAGCAGGUCUGCCAUGCGGGCAUUGACCUCUAUGGUCAUAUACAUACACCCAUACGCCACUUCGGAUAUUUUACAUCACAAUGCUCUCGCUACCUGGGAUCGACUGUUGGUCGCGAUUCGCUUCCCAUGACUCCCACUCAGCGAUAUGAGUCGGCUUCAUCAAAGGAACUGGCAGUGAACGGCAGUCGCCUCCAGCCGAAUUUGCAGCCUACCGCUACACCGGGAGAUUCCAUGUCCACGCAGACCCCCAAUGCAGCGGCGACACCUGCAGAGCAGUCCAAAGUUGCUGGCGUUGGCGGAAACACGGAACAGAUGCGCAGUAGCUGCAUGGCCAUCGUGAUCGGCCUGGUGGUUGGGAUUAUGUGGUUCUAA